UCAAGCCAGUCUCCUAUUGAAGCAACUAAUUUGGUGCAAGAAGAAUUGAAUAAGAUACAAACUUGGUUAGAUUGCUGGAGAAUGAAGUGGGGUGCUGAAGGUGGACGCUGUUUCCUUUGAUGCGAGUAGCGAGUGUAUAUUAAACGAUAACAGUGACAAUAUUAGUAAAAGCGGCAUCAACAAAAUGGAUAUAACUGAACGUGAACGGGACCGCAAACGUAAACGUUAUUUAACUGAAGAAGAUCACAGCCGUAUAACACGCAACAAAUCGCAACAGCAGCAUCAACUACAACAUGAACAAGAGCUCAAGGAAAAGCUUCAAAUGGAGGCACAAAGUCGUCUAGUAUGCAUGACAGACGAGGGUGAUAAAACAACAGUGUUUUCUAAGAACUUGCAUCUCUUAGAGUUUGUUUCAUCAAAUUACGACAGUAGCAAUAUCGAAAGUAGUAGUCCUUAUGUGAACGAUGGCGAAGCACAUGCAAAAAAGCUACUGCGUUCAUCUAUAACUGGUCUCAAGCAAGAAACUGUCACAAAAGUUAGCAAGAGCAGUUAUGCUUUGGAACGCAAGCGGUUAAAACAAGAUGAAAACGCUUGUUACCGGGUUCAAAGCAAACGCGCGUUGAUAAAUAAAUAUCGCAAACGCAUGGCCCAAAAAGUGGUAAAAAAACGGGAUAUUUCAAGUUCUAUUUGCUGUGAAGAUGAUGCUCAUAAUGAACAUGCCGAUGGUUGUGAAAAUGGGCUUUUUAAUUCUGAUAACAGCAGUUCUAGAGAGCUUGAAGGUCAAGAUAUGUUGGGAGACCAACUAGGUAAGCAACGACUUGACACUGACGCAUCAAGUGUGCUAGAGUAUAAUAAUUUCGGAAUUCUAAACGAUAAUAAUAGUUUGAAAAUGCGGGAAACAUCAACUAAUUCCCCUACACAAUAUAUGGCCGGAAUGUUUUAUAAUGGAAAGGAGUGCACAGAUAGUAAUAGAUUUCAGAGUAAUCAGUAUGGCGAUCAUAAUGAAACGCGUACUAAUGAUGCUACUACGAAAACAGCACCAUGCAAUCCUCGGCCCUGGGAAGAAAAUGUGCCGUUCAAUUCAGAUAUGCAAUUGUCAAAACACCAAGAAUUACAUCAACCGUAUGUACUACAAAGCACAAUACUAGAUCUUGAAUCUACCGAUAAGCAACAGAAUUGUAACUUAAACGAAUUCAAUGAGGCCGAUCGUAGACCUGUGGCACCCUAUUCGACAUUCAUAGAAAGCACACAAGCAAACGGUCUUGCACAACGUACCCAUAGCUAUAGAUAUGAUUCAAUGAAUACAACCCGUGAUGGAAACGAGCUAUCAGCAACGAAAACAAGCCCGAACGUUGACAGUGAUGUAGACUUAAAGCAAUAUGAAAAUGUUUCAGCUGUCAGCUGUUGGCAACACAGUAAUACGAAUGGCAAUGUAACUAAUGCUGAAAACAGUGCUAAUAAUAUUGCUAAUAACGACAAGGGCUGCGCAAGUGAAAGCGCUGUAAAGGAAAAAAUAAAGAAGUAUAAUAGAGAACAAACAUAUGUAUCCAGCCAAUUGCAUUCUAUAAAGGAUCACAACAGCCAGCAGUCUGUGUAUACACAGGAGCGUUCAGGUGAUAGUAACUCACAGCAGUUGGCAGGGGUAGUGCCAAUGUCCACAAAUAUUAAAGGCAUGAGUAAUCGCAAUACGUCUCUUAACUUGAACGAAACUACACAUUCAAUGCAGCCGUCACGAAGCCACAACAAAAAUAUGGAUGACGUCUACGAUGAAAUUGAUAGUGUCAGCACCAACGCUAAGACGAGCAAGGAUUCGAAUUAUGUUGAACAACAUGAUGAGGCGUAUAUCGAAAAAGCAGGAGUUAAUCGAUAUGCCUUAUCAUUAGGCGAAACGAGUAAGACCAAAAUCUCAGCAUUAACAACAGUAUCAACAACUGCUACAAAUGUUAAUGAUAUAAGUAAUAGAACUAUUUGUACCAUUAGUACCACUUCUACUACCACUACUGCUACUGCUACUACUACUACUACUACUAUUAGUACUACCACGACUACAAAAGAUUGUGUAACAACAAAUGUUACUAUUAAUAAAAUUCCUAAUUCUCGUGUUAUAAAAUCAGAUUCUUCUGAAGUAAUAACAACACCAGUUGCAACUGUAGAUGCAGCUAGUACCGUUGAUAAUUGCGAAAACGGCAAACAUUUGGCACAAGUGCCAUCUACAAACAUAGUCAAUGCCAAUAUGUUAGGCGAAAGUACCUAUAAUUUGAACAAUUCUCAGGAGUUAGGGGCAUCAGCACCAGCAACGACUUACGCACCUCCACACAGCAACACGAGCGACAAUUUAGAUAACCGCAAUGAGCACUGGGACCCAACGUCUAACGAGCCCUACCAACGAUAUAACAAUAGCAAUCAUUUUUGCCAAUCCACUGCUGAUGGUGGUUCAGAGGCCUGCCUGUCGGCGACAGCUGAGUUGUGUUACAAGAUAUCAGAUGAUAUCAACGAGAAACCGUUAAAGAACCAACACCAACAGCAUGCUGUCAGCAAACAAAAUGUCAUCGAUUUUAAUGAUAAAGAGCAUCAGAUGCAUCUUUCAAAAAAACAACACGGAAGUGAAUACAUAACGCGGCAGUCCAUCGAUGCUUCUGUCUCACUGAUCGGCACGAAUAUCUACAAUACUGAAUUACAGUUAGAACAGCAAAGACAAGGGAGUCAGGACAUUCAACAAUUUAUGCAGGAGGAGCUAUGCCAACAAAUGCAGCACCAGCAGCGUCAACAACUACAAGAUCAUCAACAGCAAGAAGAGUUAAAUCGGCAUCACCACCAACAGCAAUAUCCUCAUGAUGCAUCUCAAGUAGUACAACAAAUUUCCUUGCAUGAUUAUAACUUACAAAGCCACCAACAACAAUUACAUCCGUUGCAUGAUGCAUUGCGUCAUAGCCAUCAGCAGAUUCAACAUUUUGAGCAACAGCAUCAGCUUGAGCAAAGACAUGAUGAGGAACAGCAGCAGCAUUUAAUUGCGUAUUUACAUCACACUACCGAACAGACCCGACUGCAAGAACAAUUACAACUCCAUGAAUAUCAACAACACCAGCAACAAUUUCAUCAAGAACAACAACACCUUCAUAAUCAACAUCAGCAGCAACAACAACAACAAAUGCAGACAAAUUUCAUUUUAAUAACAAAAAAACAGCACCAUCCACAAUCACAUAUAUCAAUGGAUUUGAAACGUAUAAAUCGUCCGCCACCCACUAGUAUUGAUGACCUCAUAAUAGACGAAUUCUCAGAAGAUCCCCAUGCAACCUAUAAACUUGGUCUUUCACCAAAUCACGUUAAGCAUGAAAAUCAAGAUGAUGGGUAUGAGACGAGCGCCGGCGAUGUGCUUACCCCAAAUUCCCACAGUUCAUCAACACAUUCGGUGACGCCACAACAUCAGAUGCAGCAUGGUAUCAAUAUUAUACCUCAACGGAAGUAUGAAGAGCAACAAAUGGAAAUACAGCAGCCUCUCCAAAGCACCACUGCUAGUGAUGUAAAUAACCAACAACAACAAUCGCCGCAGAGUAAUACACAAGGAACACUGCAAGGAAUGGACAAUACAGUUAAUCAAAGCGACGAAAUAUCAGGUUUAAACGGGAAAGAAAUUUUGCCUGCGGAUUCAUAUUCCUAUAUGGAAGACAUAGCGGGAACAAUUACAGGAGUUUCCAAUACUAGUAACAGUGCAAAUAAAAGGACUAUUAAUAUGCCGCAGGACGCACAACUUAAUGUUAAGACUGUUAAAAUUAGUGAUGCAACUGUAGAAUCUUAUAUUUGUGCACCCACUAAUAUAAUGAGUCAUAAUGUGAGUGAUAUGUAUAGUAUUCAAAAUCAACAACAACAACACCAAAACCAACCACAACAGCAGCAGCAGUUGCAUGCGGCCAACAACGAAUUACCCCAAUCAAUGGAAUAUAAUUUAAAAAUGAAACCAACAUCUGGAAAUGGAUUAAGCGAUGCUGAAAUGUUGGAACAGACUGUGAUACAUCAAAACUUGCAUCAGCUGCAACUUCCGCAACAAUCCCACACGCCAAACCAAUUAAUUUUUACGGAAAGCAAUGUGAUCCUCAGGCCACCACAAAAGAAGCGUGGUCGCAAAAAGAAAAUUCAGCCAAACACCGACAAUACAUUGCCAUUAUCUUUACAAUUUCUAACUGGCAGCAACGAAUGCGGUAUAGCGCCUGGUCCAAACGGAGAAUUGCCAUCCAUCUGCAUUGCUGACAACACGCUGAAAAAUUCAAGUGAAAAUCAUGCUACCGGUCUGCUUAAGUCGAAGGAGCGCAAGAAACACGACCGUUUCAACGGAAUGUCCGAAGAGGAAGUCGUUAAGCGUACACUACCCGACCAUUUAUGUGAAAAUCUUGAUAUAGUCAUAAUUGGAAUUAAUCCAGGCUUAUUUGCUGCAUAUAAAGGGCAUCAUUAUGCUGGACCUGGCAACCAUUUUUGGAAAUGCUUAUACCUAUCCGGUCUUACAAGAGAACAAAUGAGCGCUGAACAGGAUUAUAAACUAUUAAAAUACGGUAUUGGAUUCACAAAUAUGGUACAACGUGCCACUAAGGGCUCUGCCGACCUCACCCGUAAGGAAAUCAAAGAGGGUAGCCGCAUUUUAGUUGAAAAGCUUCAGCGAUUUCGUCCUAAAAUUGCCGUAUUUAAUGGGAAAUUAAUAUUUGAAGUUUUUUCUGGAAAGAAAGACUUUAAUUUUGGUCGCCAGCCAGAGUGCGUAGAGGGUACCGAUACCUAUGUAUGGGUUAUGCCAUCAUCAUCGGCAAGAUGCGCACAAUUGCCGCGAGCAGCAGAUAAGGUGCCCUUCUAUGCUGCGCUUAAAAAGUUUCGGGACUACUUGAAUGGAUUAAUACCACAUAUGGACGAGUCGGAAUGUAUAUUCACAGAACAAAAAAUUAAGCAGGUUUGUGAGCAAGAGAAUGAGAAGAAUUCUGUUACUAUUACUUCAGCAGUAGAGGUUUUAUGUGGAGUUCACAGUGGUGCGGGUAUACUUAAUGCAACAGACGGUUUGGCUAUGGCAUACAAAAAUAUGCCAAUGCAAACAAUGAACGACAUUGAAACAGGUGCGUCGACCCAACAUCAUGGAGCCGGUGCCGGUGAGAUAGGCAACGAUGGCAAUGAUAUCAGUGGACUUUGUGUCGAUGCUGCCAAUUGUGGUGGUUGCCCUAACACUAGCGACGGCAGUGGCGCCGUGAUGAAUAAUGGUGGAGGUAUCAGCAGAGAUGGUAAUACUAUGCCGAAUGAGAGUUGUUCUAUCCGCCAGGAGCCAGAGAAAUUUCCUAGAUUUCAAGGGAGUUCUACGGAAUCUACCUACAUAUAUACGACAAAUGAGAAUGAACGUGGCCACAAUAUUACUGCUCAUACGCCUGGCCCUGGGCCACCGCCAUCACUACCGCCAGGCACUUCAGUUAUAAGUUCCAGUUUGCAGCAACGAAAUGAAAACUACAUGAUAACUGCAAGUUACGUACAACCGCCACCGGAAAAAAAAAAGCGGGGGCGUCCAAAAAAGAUUAAAGACGUGGAUUCUAUUGAUACAGUCUCUCGUAAUCGCAUGCAAAUUUUGGGACAAAUGUCCAACACUAACGAUUUUGGCAACAUAUUGAAUUUGUCAAUGAUGGGUGGUGGCGUACCUGGUCAAUGUGGCAGCGAUGCCCUUUUGGGUAGUGCCGGUGUUGGCAUAGUUAACGGUAACUGUGAGACGCCAAAGAAGAAGCGCGGCAGACCAAAGAAAGUGAAACCAACAAAUGAAGCUCAGCAAAAUCAAAAUACAUUAAUACAGGGAGAGUCACAUGCAAUGCCAAUUCCGUCACUUAGCGGCAUGGAUAAUAAUUUGUCUAAACGCAUGCAUCAGCACGUAAAUGCAAUUUAUAGCAAUAAGGAAAUGCCAAAGCAGCAACAACAACAGUCGACGCAACAAAUGUACACAUCAAGUUCGCCAAUGAGAUCACCAGCACUAAAUUGCUCAUAUUCUGGUAUAACACCGCCGACUUCAACGCAAUCUACAUCACCCACACAUCAACAGCAUUGCGAUAAAUUGCAUGAGAAUGUCAGCAGCAUCAUGGAAAGUCCCACGAAUUUAGCAGCAACUCAAAGGGAUACUAGCGGCAACAACAGCAACAGCUAUUACAGCAGUAAACAUAUUGCUGUCAUAAACUCGAAUGGCUCGGAACUCCAUGAUGGAUCAAAUGUAUCCACGCCACACGCAAUAACUUCAAAUGAACUUGUAAAUGAAAUGCCAGCCAACGCAACUAUACAAGUAUCUAUAACUGCCUCUCACGAAACGCAAUUGGGUGAGUCUCCACCUCCAAGCUCACCAAACAUAUCUACAGUGGACUUUGAACCGCCAGCUGCAGGUGGGGCUCUUGCAAAUGAACACGGCACAGAAAUACGUCAUCAGCGGCCAACUGAAAUGGAAUCACGUAUACAACAACAUCAGCAGUUGCAACAGGGCACUCCAUAUGCUAGUCCGGUAAACGAGUCAUCGUCUGAUCAUCAAGCGAACGAUCACUAUCAGCAAUGGAUGUCACCGCACUCAGCCAUUUCAUUGUCAGCACAAUAUACUCAUCACCUACCAGAACAUAUACAACAACAAGAACAGAUUAUGAAUUUUGAGCAACAGCAACACCAGUUGCAUCAUAUUCAGCAAUUACAGCAUUCAGUACAUCCCCACCGGGAACAAUCAACAACGCCUAUGCAUGCACAAUGGUUGCGGCAGCACCGCUACGAUGAUAUUGUUGGUGGUAAUUAUAGCGUCACAUCACCACAUUUACAUCACCAACAGCAGCAAACGCAACAUCAUAUGCAGCACCCUAAUCAGCAACAACAGCAAAAUAGUACUGAGCAUCAGCACAGUCAUAUAUCUCAUCAUCACUCACGUUUACCUACAGAUGUGACUAGCAAAAGCCUCUCUGGCCUGGAGUCACUAGUCGAUCAAAUUCCUUCACUGUCAGAUAAUAACUCAGUACCCAUACCACCAGCGAUAGAAAAUAGCGGGGUAAAUGCAGCAGUUGAGAAUCGCUUACAAAGUUUACAGCAACAGCAACAACAACAGCAUAUUCAUCAGCGACAACCGCACAUGAUUGCAAUUGAUACAGCGAUUGACAUACAUACCGAUCCUUAUUGCACACCAAACAGCACAAUAAAUCCGAUUCCUGCUAUAUCCGAUACGAUUGAUACAAUACCGGGUAACAAUAGCAGCGGCAGCAACACCCCGCUCCCAGUUAAUGGUUUAUAUAGCGCGAAUUCUCCGCGCAAUUAUAGUAUUCAUCGACUUAACUCCUCAGCUGCUUCAUCACCAAUAAUGAUGUCACCCCACCAUCAUCAUACACAACAACAGCAAGUUUCCUUACAUCAACCUUACGGAAAUUCAGUAAGCACGCCCCUAAUAUCAGAUGUUUUAUUAUCUUCAACGCCAAUGACAAGCUCAGCUAGCCAUACAAAUAGUCCUGCCGACAAUAGUUUGGGUGAAGACUCUGCAAACGGAUGUACACCAACAAGUAGUGGGACUAUCAAUACUUCAACAACACCAACUAGCCUGUAUAACAACGUAACAACCACGAAUAUACACAAUAUGAGUUCCAACAACUUUUCAGUAAGCAAUUUAGCCGCCUCAUCUGUUACGCCCAGUAAUAGUUGUAGCAGCCACAACAAUUAUGCUUCAUUGUCGACAACAACAUCGGCAGCUGCCGCAAGCAAUGUAUAUCACCAUUCAAACUUUAUUGCCGCUGCUGCCUUAGCUGCUGCCGCUGUGAAUUCACCCGCCAAUCAUUUACAGACAUCACCCAGCACUGCCGCAGUCGUGGCGGCUCAUCACGCAGCGCACCACCAUGUUGCGCAUCAACAAAUGUAUUCACAUGCACAUUUGCCCCCGCAUAUGGCAGGCGUUAAUUCAAUGUAUGCUCCAGCACCGACACAUCAUCAUCACCCCUUGACACAUCACCCGGCACACCAUCAUCAUCAUCACUCACCAUACGGUGCAACAGCGCAACACAGUACUAAUAACGAUUACGGCAAUCCUUAUUGUACGACCACCGUUACCGGUGCACCGCAAAAUGCUCCUAUCCAUUUACCCAGUCCCAAUUAUCCCUACGGUUAUGGAAGUCAAGUAGCUGUUGCAGCAGUAGCUGCAGCCCAAAGUAAUUAUCCAACAGCAAUGCAUUCUCAUCAUACACAGUCCCCGGAAACGAGCGCACCACCACCACCCGGUGCGGUAACCGCCGCUGCGGCAGCUGCUGCUGCAGCCGCUGCUGCUGCUGCCGUUUAUCAUACUCAUCACCCCGGUCAUCAUCCUCAUGCAACACAUCCGUUAUCGAUGUUUGAUCGACUGAAACCCUCCGAUAUAAGUGGUUACGGCGGGUUCUGAUGAUGAUCAAAAAAUAUAAAUUACGUGUAUGCAUAUGAUUGAGAAAAGUUGAGCUAUGGCGAAAGCAAAUGAAAAGUAUUGUUUAACUAUCAGCUUAAAGCAUAAUUGUAAUCCUUUGGAAAUACCCAUUUUAUAAGCAAAUUUACAUACGUAUACAUCACAUCUGUAUACAUAUGUAUUAAAAUGUUAUUUAAGCAAUUUAAGACAACCAAAGACUAAGAUUCGGAAGUCGUUUCCAACUGGCUGAUCUUUUGUGACACCAUCUGCCUGUCUUCUUGUACGAAUAAUAAGACAUAUAUUCAUAUUUGAUUGUUUUAGGGGACUUAGGGAAGCCAGGAUAAAUAUGCUCUUUAUCAUAGACCAAAAUUCGUAUCAUAUAUUCAAAUGAAGUAAUGUAUUACGUAUCUAUCUACAUGACCUCAUUUAUACAAUAGAAUACCUGCUUUUUCUUCACUUCAAAUGCCACUGUAAACUUCGUGGGAAUUCAUACACACAAUUGAAUGUGACUCUGUUUAUACAUAAGUAAAUAUUAAUUUAUUUUUCAUAACAAAAUAAACAAAACAUCCACUAAAUUUCUCCUCAUUGUUCAGCUUUUGCGAGACUGAGGUUGAGACAUCUCGGAAGUCAUAAGUUUGGUGAAGAAGUAGACAUAGCCAAAAUUGACUUUAGCCGUCUUAACAAAUUUGUUGUACGCUCAAAGCUCUAUGUCUAUUUUUCAGAAUCUUAUAAUCAAGCGUUCUUAGCUGUUCAAGUGAGAUCGCUCUUAGGAUACAUAAAUAUAAUCUUCGGAAAUGGCUGUUGUCGCCUCAGUUUUAGAUUUGUCCUACCAUAACCCUAACGCAUAACAUGAUACAAUAAACCAAAUAAUAUCUGUCUCCGAUUCGCUAAUCGCUUCUUUUCUACUGUCAAAAUAUUUCAUUUAAGAACAGCAACAAAGAUAUCGAGUUGAAUUCGUAAAGUGGAUAGCAUCAACAUUCAGUGCUACAGAGGUUUAAUUUGCAUAUUUUAGAUCAAGUUUACUAUUGUGAAUGGUUCAAAUGACAAAUGAAAAUACAAAUUUUUAAAACUAAAGAACUAAUUGCAUGUAGUAAUGUAUAGAAAACAAAAAUAAAAGGUUACGACAACGUUUUUUUUAACGCGAAUAAAUAUUUAUCCACUAAGAAAGACUCAUAACACUAACGCAUGCGUCACAAGGAAUGUUGGCUACCAUUUGUUUGAGCAUCUGGUAUAGUUUGUUCGAUUAGCUGGAAAGUAACGCUUGUCGGAUCGAAAACAGUAAAGUUUUUAGUACUACAUAAAUUUAAUGGAUAUGAAUGGAAAAUUGAAAAUGCAACGACCACGAUGGUCGAUCUCGUGAGAAGUAAUUCUGAAAUGUCCAAUAUAAAAAUUUUUUGUGAUAGGAUUUUUUAAACCAACUUAACAAAAAUGCUAAAAAUGAAACUUAUUAUCCGAUAUUAAACCUAUUAAAACAAUUAUUUAGGAUACAUGGUCCACUAUGUCUAUAAACAAAAUUCAUUUUAUAUGUAUUUAAAAAUUUUUCACUAGCUGCGAGUUUAUCUAGUGUUGCUCGUUCAGCUAUAUGUAAUUAGAUCCCUUCUCUUGUAAUCAUAUCUCAAAAAAAUUCGCAAGCCCUUAGCUACAAUCACAUAUUUAAUAUAUUUAUGAACAGAAGGCUUAAACAAAUAUUUGUUUGUUAUAAAAUGUAUCGAUAUACUUUUAUAUACAUAUAUAUUUAAUUUAACUACUAAUGAAAAUUAUGUGGUAAUUUAGAUUCGUAGAAAAUUUUCAAAUAAACUUAAUAACGAGUGAAAAUUUUACUAAGUACAUAAUCAAUUUGAAACAACAAAGCGAAAGAUAAGAAAAUAAAAAAAUAAAACACUUUUAAACUAAUUUUAAGAUAUUAAACAAGUAAAUAUAUUUUUAUGUAUAUAAAUAUUUGAUACAUAAAUGGCUUCAAAAGCUAUUAUGGGGAAAGCAAUAAUUUUUAAAAAUUCAACAAAGAAAGCAUGAAAAUAAAAUUAACUGUGUGAUUACCAACUUUUUAUUUUCCUAAAAAAACUGAUUAAUCUAAACACAAAGGAAACUACUAACACUUAUUUAAGAAUUUAUGACAUAACUAAAGCAUAGCAAAAUAAUAUAUGUGAAGAUGAAAAAUAAUAAUAAUAAUGAAAUAAAAAGAUAACAUGAACGAACCAACAACGUAUUAAAAAUUGUACUGCGUAAACUAAUGACAUUUCUACGUAACUUGUAAAUUUCGAGAAUUAUUUAGUUCAGUAUUUAUAAAUCAUAUAGAAAGUCAGCAACAACAAACUGAAUAUGAAACAAAGGUUGCAUUGAAUUGAAAGUAAAAAAAUCCGGUUACGGAUAUAAACCUAUUUAGGGGAUGGUAUGUAUGUUUGAAAUAAAAACUUCAGCCAAACAAAAGUAAUGAAAUUUAUUGGCUGCUGUUUUUACGAAGCAAUUGAAUUAAAAAAUUUGAUAGGCGAAAGAAGGGCAAUAGGGGUUCACAACUACUUGCACAUAGCAAUUGCAAAUUCAAAAGUGUAAGUUGUGCAGAAAGAGAUGCUGAUAAGUAAGAACAUGCUUAGCAAGUGUACCCUUUUUAAGAAACUCCUGUUUAACUUUUUUCAACUGUAAAAAGCAAAUAAAACUAGUUUUUUAUGCUUACGUUUCUACCGAAUACAUAUAGUAGAUCAAUCGUAAUAAACAUUAAACAUAUUUUGUUGUUAUGAUGUACUUUAUUUUCAAACAAUGCAUAAGGGGUUAGGUGUAGUCAGUGGCAAAGGAGCAUUGAAAUUGCAAGUGUUUUUUUUAUUAGAAAAUUGUUUUAUUCUAUAUCAACAUAGCAUCAUUAAAUAAGGUUUCGACAUAACAGAGAUUUGAACAAAAAUUUAAAAGUAAAGGCUUUUUGUGUUGAUUCAGUUCCAACCGAAGCUCCUUGAGGUGACUAUUAUCAGUCCGUAGAGAUUCAUUAAAAUCAAUCGGACAAAAAAUUAGUUUAUUAAUAGAUAAUCCUAAUAAUAUAUACAUAUAUUUUUUUUUAAAUCACAAAAUGGCGAGCUCAGGAAAUUUUUUCCAGCUUUUCAGAAAAAUACCAACAGUAAAUUGUUUAUAAAAAAUGGAAAUAAACAACAAAAAUUUGCUACUAAUUCUUCAUAAUUUGAAAAGCUGUACAAAUUUCAUUGCAAUCUACCGAACACUGUUUGAGCUGUACUGGUCACCAUUUGAAAACAAACAUAGUUUUGUCGGAUUUACUUAUUGUGUUUAUAUAGUUUCAGAGAAUAUUUCUAGAUCGUAAUGUAACUAUGAAUGUAAAAAAUAUUUUGCGAGCACUAGCUUCUAGUUUAAAGAGUUCUAUAGAAGUAUUUGUCAAAUAAAAAAAGUCUAAAAAUUCCAAACUUCCGAAUAUAAACACGUAAGAAAGGAUUAAGUUCAGAUAUAACCGAACAUUGCAUACCCUUGCAAGUUUCAAGGAUUGAAGACGGGCAAAUACUUUGAGGUGUUGCUAAAACUUCAUAUUAAAAAGUUUUGCGAAAGAAUUCAUUAUACGACAAAAUAGAGAAUGAAUUACGACAAAAUUUGGUAUUUUAUUAAAUUAUAUAGUCAUGGACUCAUCUAGUUAUAAUCUUGCAACAUGUUGCUACAGAGUUAUUAGUUAUGUGCAACUAACGGUUGUUUUUAUCACCUGAAACUGAUGAGGAUAGCUGUAAUUUGGUACAGAGAAUUUCAGUCGCCAGGGAAUGGUUAAGAGAUUUGUCCUGAGUUGAGUUCUAUCUAAAGUGGUUUAGGAGAUGUGUACAUUAAACCUCUUAAAGGCAGACCUACGACCAUCUUUAAAUUUUUUUUAGCCCACAGUACGACUUGCUACUAUGUGCCACCCCUGUGCCACAUUUCCAUUUUUUUUCUUAAUUUAGAGUUUAGUUAUGGCAUAUUAUAGGUUUUUGAUUAAUGGCCUUUUGUGGACGUACAUAUUAAGUUACAGUUUGCCCAGAUAAACACAGAGAUCUGGAUUUUAACUCCCCUCGUCAUCGUGAUCAUAUUAAUAAUAUAACUCCAUAUAUAUCUCGAUUAGUCUCAAUUGAUAAAAAUAACCGCUUUGUGAACAAAACUAUUAUAAUCUGUAGAAAUAUAUUGCAAGAAUAUAAAAAUAGUACAUAUUAAGAUUUUUUGUAAAAGGAACAUUUUAUAUUCUGAUUACUCUCUAUGUUAUAUAUGUUUAUAUAUACUUAUGUAUUUCAACUUGCGUAUUGAAUUGAGAGAAAUAUUGUAAUCUCAUAAUCACAUGGUCAUAUUUCUGGCAAGAUUACACUUGGUCGCUUGAGUCGUCGACAGGAAUUGCAAGAACACUGAAGGGUGCAUAAAAUUAUAAUUUUCUGAAUACUUGUUUCUGUUUUCUCGCCAUUAUAUGAGUUAGAGGUGGUUUAUUCGGUUAGUCGCAACACCUCAUAUGAAAACAACAUGAUCGAUAUGCAUCCUAUCUAUGCCAGAAAACUUUAUUAUACCCUGACCAGCGGAUACUAACUUUGCCAUGAAGUGUGGGACGAUAAAAUUGUAUUUUUGGUGACAUAAAGGUGUUUCAUUUAUCACGAAGGGUUAUAUGUAAAAUCCGGGUUCAAAUUUCGAAAAACAUCUUCUAGUUAACUUAGAGUGCAAAGGAAGUGUAUCUUUAAUCUUUCUAAAAAUGUGUGGAAACCUACAUUUGUAUAUCUCUUUUGUUGUUUCUUUACAUAAAAUUUAGAUAUAAAUUAUAAAAAUCAUAAUAUACAAAAAUUUCAUAAAAUCGGACAGAACAGUUUAUACGCUCGCAACAUGGAAGGAAAGCCCGGUGAAAAUUCUUUUCGAAUUCCAGUAAUAUUCAUAUCUGACAGAUUGACCAACAUUUCUGGUAAAAAGUUCAAAGUCUUGAAUAGUUUUGGGGCGACUUGGACAAUUUUUGAUCAUAAAUCCUCUAUUCUUUUUGUCAAGGAAAAAGUGUACCAUGUUGUAUUACAAUAUCUCAAUUUUUUACUUGUGUCACAGCCGGCACAGACAGAUGGGAGGACAGACAGACAUCCGAAUAUAACUCCAUAUCUAUCUCGAGUAACGUUAGGUAAUACAAGCAACAGUUAAGUGAACUAAACCAUUAUACUCUGCAGCAAAAUGUUGCAAUAAUAUCAAAACCCUAAGCAUAUUUCUUUUAUUCAUAAUUAAAUGCGAAACCUCUGCAUUGUAAAACAUCAGCCAAACAAAUAUUCAUAAAAAGCUUACCACAUAUUUGCGUGAAGAAAUUUGUUGCAAUAUUCAAAGUAGGCCACGUCUUAAUUUAUUAUGAAUAAUUUAAGUUAUUCUUGCCAGUUUAUUCGAGACUGUGCGAAGAGUAAAAAGCGAAAAUUUUAAAUUACGACUAAAUCAAAAUAAAAAAUUAUCAUAAGUUUUUGCUAGAGAUAAAACAUAAGGCCACAGAAACAACUUUGCAUACAUUCACACACAUACGUUUGUAUUUUUAGAUCACAUAUUACAAAUUAAAGCUUUUGUUGGAGAAUAUAUAGCAACGCUCAUAUUUGUAACAAAUUUGCAGAUUUUAGACAAGUAUUUUAAGGUUGCAGUGGAUAUUUUGAACAAUAAACAGUGACUGUUGAAAUUAUUUUAAAAUCUUCUAGAGCAUAUGAUAUUUGAUUCUGUGCGAACUUUAUUUUCAAUUAUGUUUGAUAGUAUCUAAUCAGCUCCAUAGUAGCUAGAACACAAUCUAAGUUAUAAGUUACAUAUAUUGUAUCACAGUUUAUUUUGUUACUUUUUCGACGAAACUGCAUCGUAUUAUAUAUUUUAAUAAUUUAUACCCCAAUUAGAGUUUUCAACUCCUCUCAGUUGUAUUGAAGUUGAAGCUAUUUUCAGUUGAAGUUUCAUUGGUAUUGACAACAAAAAAGCAGUUUAAAUGAUUUUUACUUUCGGCUAGAGCAAUUAACGAUCCUAUGGUUAUUACAAAAGCUGCUUCUAAAUAUUUUGAACACCACGCUUCAGAAAUUUACUUUUGCUCAUGCUAUUCCUAGGAGUAGUAGAUUGUAUCGAGUCUUUAAGUUCGAAACACUUCCCACGGUCCAAUAGAUUUAUAUUUUAUUGUAUCGAAAAUGUAACUUGUCUCAUCCAGUUUUGUAACUUCAGUCUCCUAGCUCAUCAAGCCUUUCUAUGUAUCUGCAUAAAACAACCGACUAAAAUAGUUUAAAAAUGCAAAAUACUCUGGGUAAUCCCAAUGGUACGGAGUUGAAAACCGUAAUAACACAAAAAAGUUGAAGUUCGGAUCACACUUCAGCUGAAUUUUUGUAUGACAGGUUGAGUUUAUAUCAAUAAUACCAAUUCAAAAAACAGUUGGGUAGAUAACUGUGGGGGCCUCAGUGUGUUAGUAAUAGUUCAGUUUCUGCAGCCGAGAUCAUUUUUGGACCGGCUGCGCCUGAAGAUUUCAUGUUUGUCAUAAAUUUCUGUUGAUCAUACUGUUACACAUCCAAUUAUAGUGGUCAUAAACAAUUUCUUCUCAUUAAUGCUUUAAUAUUUCAGAUUUCGACAAAUAAUUUCUGAUUUUUUUUUUAAUUUUUCUGAAAAUUUCUAAUUAAUUGUUUUUGAAUAUUUUAAUUCACAAAAAGUAAGCAAUCACUAAAUGCAAUUGCAAUGCAAUGCGUUCAAUUAAAUAAUUAACCUACAUUGAGCUCAGCAUUUCAUUGCCCACCACUGCUUAAGAAGAUUCAUAUAUUUACAUGUAAUACUUUUAUACACAUAAUUUUCAUAAAAUUGUAUCUUUUACAUACAUAGUAUAUCAAAAAUUUAAACCAAAUAAACCAAUCGAUGUACUUUUUAAUGUUGUUUAGAAAAUUUAACUCAAUACAGUGAAAAAAAUUAAUAAAUACUCUAGGUUAUUAUCAAUUAUCGACAUAAAUAUAGCAAAUGAUGGAAAUUAGUUGAAAAAACUAAUUGCCCAAAUACCACAGAUAUUAAAGCAAAUUGUAAUAAAAUUAAAUGAAUGAAAAUGGAAACUAAAAACGAAACUUAAAAAAUAAAAUUUAAACAGUCUUUUGAAAUGGAA